AUGAUUGACUUCUCAGUAGUCUUCUCCUAUGCUCAUGGAGUUAUUGCAAUAUGUGGAAUGCUUUUCAAUGCUUUGUUAACAUACUUGGCAUUGUUCCAAACUCCACGUGUCAUCAAGUCAUACGCCACGUUGAUCGUCAAUUUUGCAAUCACUGAUUUUUGUGCCUGUCUCUUUGAUUUUUUCGUUCAACAACGACUGAUCCCAUCGGAUUUAUCACUUGCCUACAUUUCAAAUGGUUUUUGCCAUCAUUUUGGACCAACUACGUGUUAUGUCGGCUACAGUCUGAUGCUUCAUUGUUUUUCCCACUCCCUUUGGUCUUUGCUACUUUCCUUUUCAUACCGUUGUUAUAUUCUUUACAAACCAGCUCCAACUCGUCCUGUUCUUGUACUUAUCAUAUUCUUGAUCUACACACCUUCUCUGUUACAAUUUGUUUCAUUUCUCUGGGCACAGGACGAUCCAGAUGAAAUGCGAGAAAUUCUCACUAAACAUUUCCCGGCAUAUAAUUUGACAGAGCAUACUGUAUAUGGAACAAAAAAUAUUAUUUGCUUCUCAGCACUUUUUACAAUUCUUCAUAUGACUCUACCAAUUACUCCGGUUUACAUUUGUAUUUUAAUUUUAAGGAGGAAAAUUACAUCAAGAUUAAGUGUCAAUGGUGUUAAUAUCACAAAGGAGACAAGAAAUAUGCAUUCUCAACUACUAAUGGCCCUAACCUAUCAAGCAGCAAUACCUGGUUUCUACUUGUUCGGAGUAACAUCUUAUGCCAUUGGGCAAUUUGGAAUUUACAAUCAUCCAGCUCUUGAAUACUUUACAUUUUCGUCAUUUCUCUUGAUUCCACUUCUUUCUCCACUAGCUUCUUUUAUUUUUGUUACUCCGUACCGGCGAUUUAUCAUGCACUACUUUUUCAAAACGACUCGUGUUGAACCUGGAGAAUCAUCUUUAACACGUAAUAUCUAUACUAGCAAUGCUUAUACUGGGUAA